CCAGAUACUACCCGCCACCUAUCAGGUUGCUUAUGAAGUCGAAACGACUCAGAAGUUUGUUCCUAUUACCUGAGCGUACCAACGUCUUCUUUUUACUCUAUGUGGACUAAAUUUACAGUGCAUGCUGUUGGCAGACAAUAUCAUGCUACUCGAUUUACCAAAUGAGUUGCUACUAGCGGUUGCACAACAUAUUCAACGUGCUUCUGAUAUUAAUUCGCUGAGUCAAGCUACCAAACAGCUGCAUGCAGUAUUAUCGCCAUUUCUGUAUCGCGAUAAUAUCCGGAGACAUGGUGCCUCGGCACUUAUCUGGGCUGCUUCCUAUGGCUACGAUCGGACCGUCGAGCUGAUGAUUAGCUAUGGAGCUGAUGUUAACACUCGCGAUAAAUAUGGCGUGACAGCAAUAAUUGAGGCUAUACGGCAUGGGCAUACUAAUGUGGUCCAAUUACUUCUCAAAAACCGUGCUGACCUCUAUGCUGAGGGUCAGUUCUAUGGACCUGCACUUCAUGAAGCCGCGCGUGAAGGCUACGAAGACUUGGUGCAACUGCUGUUAGAUAACAAGGCAAAAGUGAACCACCAAGGUGGAGAACAUGGAAGUGCACUCCAGGCAGCAGUGUAUGCGGGGUGGACUGAUAUAGUCCAGCUCUUGCUGGAUAACGGCGCCAAUGUUAGUGCACCAGGAUACUACGAUAGUGCUCUUGUGUUAGCAGCUGUUGUGGGCUACGAGGAUAUUGUGCGAGUACUACUCGCAAAUGGGGUUGAUAUCAACGCUCAAGAUGAAACAUAUGGGACUGCACUUCAGGCAGCCGCAUGUGAAGGGCAAGGCAAGAUUGUGCAGAUCUUACUGGAUAGGAAUGCGGAUAUUAACGCGUGUGGUGGUUAUUAUGGCACAGCUCUACAGGCAGCAUGCGCUGAAGGGCAUAUGGACAUCGCAAAAAUACUGCUAGAAAAGGGUGCGAAAGUGUUUCUUGAAGGUGGGGAAUAUGGCACAGUCCUUGCAGCUGCAAUAAACAAUGGAAAUGAGGAGAUAGUGCAGCUGGUUCGGGGCCACAUGUCUUGAAGUUACCAACGUCAUAAAAGCUGCAGAUGAUUCACUUAGUCUAGAGGACUAAUUAUUGAACGCAGAUUUCUUUAUGACCUGGGUAACGUAGUUCAGACAUAUCAUAUAUAAUGUACUUGUUAUGUGCUAUCUCACAUGCCGGCCUAAUCCCGGACUAUCUACUAAGUUAUGGAUCGGAGUUUCAAUGGAGGAAACAUUAAUGCCAAGAAGUUGCGAUUUAACUAGUCCUCACUACUAGUAAUUGGGCCAUUUUGAGCCGCUGGCUGUCCAAUCCGCUGAUUGCGAUAUUGCGAUAGAACUGUGAUCUGAGGAGAUCUUCUUCUGGAGUACCCAAGUAUGAUAGGGAAACAAGAAGGUGGCAUCUCAUACAGAUCAAGCAAUAGUCAUCUAAGCACCCUAUCUCUAUCUAAAUCAAAGAGAGCAAGAUAGCUCUUUAAGACUUCGACGACACGCAGAGAUAAAUCAAGGAUAACAGUCGGGAUGGGCAUGUCAGUGAAAAUCCUAGCAAGUGAAGUAGCUGUAUCUUUUUCGGUCUUAUUGUCGUGUUGAGAUAGGAUUAAGGAUUUAUUUUGUGAUAGAAGUGCUGGAGGAGUCAUUGUUCAGAGAUAAUCUUUUGGUUUCUCUCAACCUAAGUCUGUUCGUGGGAGGUAUCCGUCGUCAAAGUGGAUGACAAAGGCGGGGCUGUGAGCAAAGGGAGUGGUGAGAUUCAAGAACGCUUGUCGAAGCACACGGACUUCCCCUUCCGCCUGCCCUUGGCUGAGAGCGCUUCCUGGCCAGCUGAGGUUAACUCCGUAACAACAUAUCUUGCUACAUGGACAUUGACUACUGAGAGGAGCGGAAGCGAAUGUAAGCACAAAGUGAACUGGUAUGACGUCAUACAACACGCUAUUUUAGAUUCCUUGAUUCUUGAUCACUUGAGUCCUUGUUCCUUGGUUCGUUGUAUGAACAGUCGCUUCUUCCAAGGUCUACUGCGUCUCUCGAGAAUUUCCUAUUCAAAUUUAUCUCUUCGAGCACAAGCACACGAUUCGCACCUUCGUUCUUACUCCAUCAGAUCGCAAAUUCCAGCACGAUCUGAAGCCGCCAGUGGAAUUAUGUUGCACCAUCUAUUGCAGUAGCUUCCCUUACUCCUUAUUAAAUCUUACAACAACGAUCAUUCCCAAUGGACCCUCAAAUACGACUCAAGAAUUAUAGCACUGCCAUGGUUCUACAUACCCAAAAUCAAAUGGCGAAGCUCAUGAUAACUUCGACAAGAUUAUGCCUAGCCCCAACAGAACAGCCUUUUAAGGUCAGCUGUGGUGGUUUUGCCUCUACCAUGUCCUCGAGGCAUGCGGCUAAAAAAUAACACCACCGUUCGCAGUAUGGCAGGAGGCCACCUCUCAUUCUUAAGCUAUCAAGCCCGGCCUGAUGAUGUUUAUACCAAGCGGUUGCGACACUGUGAUGGCGUUCGAUAAUUGCGUUUCCCAGCUCUUUCUGAUCGGUUGAGCCGGGUGGUUUUUCUCAACCAGCAUCUUUACCAGUCCCAAAUGGCCUUCCAAAGCAGCGAGAGACAGGGCCGUACGGCCAUCCCCGUUCUUUGAGUCUAGAUUCACCCGGGUCUUUUCCUGCAACAUCGCCAAAGCUGCUUGAUGUCCACCUAAUGCAGCAUAGUGAACUGGUGUCCAACCAUUACCAUCCUGUGAAUUUGCAUCCACUCUUCUAGUCUUAAGUAUCAUCUCCAACACCGCCACAUGGCCUCUUAAUGCAGCAUAGGACAAAGCCGUGCGACCAUGGCCAGUUUUUGAGUCCACAUCCACCUGCUCGCUCUCAAGGAUUAUCUUCACCACUGCUGCGUUUCCCUCUGAUACAUGCAGUAGGUCUAAUAGUCGCUCGAGGACGCACUUAGAUGUUUAUUCUUGAUUUAUAAAAAAAAACAGCUUGCUCGCCAUAAGUCGCCACCUCCUAGCACAAUGUCAAUUUUCAAGUGGGUGUCCACGAUGCGCUUCGUGUUGCCGCAGAGUUUGGAGAGCAGGGAGAGGUGGGUGAGCG